CUUCUGGGCUCAGACGAAUAUGCAAUCAUACCAGGCUACCAGCGUCUAUCGCAAGUCUAUCGUGCCGAACUGACCUCAACAUAGAAAUACACGUGGACAUUCAACUUCUCCACCAAGCUUCACUCACAACCGCGAUAUCUCUAACCCCCAUCUUCUCCACCUACCACUCAACCUAUCCUCGAUCCUUGUUGUUUUGCUUCAUCGCACCAUCAUGUCUGGUAAUUUGGAAGGCCAGUAUAUCAGACUUGAAGUCGUCGGCGGAAACAAUCUUCAAGUCCCUUCUGAGCGCAUUCCUGCAGGCAUUUACGUAUCCAUCAAUGUGGACUCGACUCAAUGUUGGAAAUCAACCAUCAGAGUCUUAGCAUCCGACAAAUCUAUAGUGUGGGACGACACUGAGGCUGUGGCCCUAUCGUCACACGAAUCACCCGAAUUAUCAGUGGAAAUCAGGGCGUCCUUUGAGGCCGAUCGAAUGCUAGGCAAUGGUGAAGUCAUCGGACAACUUGAAACACCAUGGAAGGACUUGCUCGAUUCUGGAGACGAGCCUUUCGAUAUUUCCUUCCCACCUGUCCGUGAUGUUCGCCCUUCCCUCACACUAAAGACCGCUGUCGUACAUGUUUCUGACAAUCAGGACGGUGCACUGUUUGAUUCCAUUGAUGAAUGCUCGAUUGCUCGACACACGGAUGCAGGCCACGCACGAUUUGCCACAUACGUGAUAAACAAGACCGUCUCUCACCUGGUAGAUGCUGUGGAGCAUUUUCAGUUGGUUCUGGACCGGUGUCCGAUCGGCCAUCUUGACCGCGCAGUGGCUCUCACUAACCUCGCGUGUUCCCGCUUUGAGGGUUAUCGUCUAAAGGAUAUUCAAGACAUCGACUCUACGACUGCCCUCUUCCGUGAAGCCCUUGCAUUGCGUCCGCAGGGUCACCCUGAUCAUCCACUAUCCAUCUAUCACCUCCUUAAAGCGUUGAUCUUGCGCUACAGGAAAGAGUGCACCGCCGUCUAUAUCCAGGAAUGCGCGCAACUGUACUUCAAUCUGCUGCCUCUCUGUCCAGAGGGCUCCCACCUUCGUAGCAUCGCGGCAGGGGCAGAUGGUGUUGAUUAUGUGAUCUGUGAAUGCAACAACCUUCCAAUAGACGCAUCCGAUGAAGGCCUCCACCUUCGGCGAGUCGUGCUCCAUCUCUGUCCUCUGGGCCAUCAGGACCGUCCCAGAGCCCUUGACAAGCUUGCAUGGGCUCUCAUAACACGCUUUCGACAACGCGGCAGCAUUGUUGAUCUAGAAGAGUGCAUACAAUGUCAUCGUGAAGCUGUUUCUCUAUGCCCUGAAGGACAUUCUGAACGCGAUUCCUACCUGAAUGACCUGGCUUAUUCACUCCGGUCCCGCUUUGAUCAUCUAGGCAUCUCUCACAACCUCGACGAAGCUAUCUCUUUGUACGAAGAAGCACUGCGCCUGCGCCCUGUUGGGCACGAAUCUCGUGAUUACUCGUUGAACAACCUAGGGGGCGCUCUCCUCACCCGUUUCAAUAGAAGUGGUGACAUUGAUGACAUAAACAGAGGAAUCAGCCUGCAUCGCGAGGCACUGAUUUUAUGCCCCCCUGGGCAUCCACGUUGUGACGUCACGCUCAACAACCUUACCCUCGCGCUCAAAAUUAGAUCCGACAAAUUGAAAGCCAGCGAAGAUAUCAACGAGGCCAUUGAUCUUUAUCGCGAAUCGCUUCGGUUAAGACAGCAUGUUGAUCCAGAGUGCCACAAAAUUCUUCACAAUUUGAUCUCGACCCUCUGCUCUCAUUUCACGCACACUCGGAAGAAUGAAGACGUCGAGCAGGCCAUUCAACUCUGCCAAGAGUCCUUGUUGGCUUUUCCUUCACUGCACCCUGACAGGUAUUUCAGUUACACGUGGCUGAAGAAUGCCUACCUGUCUCGUUACCGAGUGCAACACAACCUCGCCGAUCUGUCGCUGGCCGUAGAGAACUUCAGACUGGCAUCGAGAUAUCCCACUCAAGACUUUCCGUGUCGACUGGAAACAGCUCUGCACUGGGUUGAGGAGGCUGAGGUACAUCAACAUGACUCUGUCCUCGAAGCAUACCAAAUGUCCUUGGAGCUAUUCGACAACCAUGUGAUGACGCAGUCAUCGAUUAUCUCUCGCCGCGAGGCUGCAGCCGCUUUUCGUGGUGCAAAAUCACUGCCAAUAGAUGCAGCUUCGUGUGCCGUACGUCGUGGCAAUCUACGACAGGCGGUUGAACUCGUGGAGCAGGGCCGUGGCCGGCAGUGGUUACUGGCCUCUCGACUCAGGACUCCGUUGGAGGGUCUGAAGCUUGCAAGUCCGGAACUAGCUCACAAGCUCUCAGAUAUCAAAAAGCACCUGUCUGAUGCUCAGGGUUCUGCCGACAGCGCUGACCCAGCUGUUGCUGACCAAGCAGCGAUACAAUACAGGAGGCUUCAGGAGCAGUGGGGAGCAGUGACUUGCAAGUGGCAGCGCGUCAUGGCCCAGUCAUUAUCCUCGUUGCGAGUCGAUACUCAUGCAAGCGCCAUCGUUGUCCCGACGUCAGGAGAGCCACACAACGUUCAAUUCCCGCGUAUUACUCUCACACAUCUGGAGAAGCUCAAGAAUGACUUUGUGAGGGAGAUACGACUUGCAUCUUUUAUGCGCCCAGAGGAGACGAGGAAGGAAUUGCAAGUCCUCUUGCGGACAGUAUGGGACGAGAUCAUGCUCCCCAUCGUCAUCGUCCUCCAGCGUGAUCUCAGAGUAACGAACGGCUCUCGAAUCUGGCUGUGUCCAACUGCAACAUUCACUUCCAUUCCUCUCCACGCAGCUCACCCCUUUCGAACGAAGGCAGACGGACGGCGUGAACUAUGCCUGGAGGACGUCUAUAUCUGUUCUUACACGCCGACACUUUCAGCUCUGAUCAGAUCUAGGCAGAUGAUGAAGAAACGUGCGACUUCGUCAUUUGUUGUAAUUGGGCAAAGUUCCCCGGGUGCGGGGCAAGGCAAGGCUCUCUUGACUGUUGACAGUGAGCUUGAGCUCGUCCGCAAACUCGUCCCCACGACUGCCAACCCCACCACUCUUUCCGGCGACGACGCCACGCGAGCAGGUGCACUCGACGCUUUGCAAUGCAACACCUGGGUGCAUCUCGCUUGUCAUGGGAAGCAGGACCGUGAGCAGCCUUACUAUUCACGUUUCGCCAUGAAAGACAAACCUCUGACGCUGCUCGACAUUAUGGAGAAAGAUAUUCCGCACGCCGAGUUUGCGUUCUUAUCAGCGAGUCAUACCGCCGUGGGCGAUGAAGAGAUGCCCGACGAAGUCAUUCACCUCGCAGCUGGAUUGCAAUUUUCAGGGUUCAAGAGCGUCAUUGGCACACUGUGGGAGGUCGACGACGCUGUCGCAAAACACGUUAUCGAAGCUUUCUACAAGUAUAUGUUCAAGGAUUUGGAGGACGGUGGUGUCAUGGACUGCACGAAGGCGGCCUGGGCACUCAAUUGUGCUACACACGCCGUGAAGACGAAAGUGUCGCUCGAGCAGAGGAUACUUUUCAUUCAUAUUGGUGUGUAGUUAUACUAUGUCGUGUCACUUUCGUCUGGUAUAGGCUUUCGAGUUGUUGAUUUUCUCUCUUUCAUCCCAUCGGUGUACCUGUUAAAGGCUGUUGUAAGAUUACCUUGAUAUUGUAUUUACUUUGUGAGGCAUACCCCAAGCAUCCCCUCUUUAUAUCUAGUACGCUUAGAAGAGUCUUUGCAACUUCGUUAAUUGCUCGAGUAUUUGACGUAUUUUAUUCCUAUAAACCGAG